CCGCAUUUCGGGGCACGGAGGUAAUAUACAAAGGCCAUCAUCUUGUGUAUAUAAACUAUGUGACUAGUCCUAGCAUUUCACUACACCUCCUCACAUUCAACAACAACGUUCAAAUUCUAGCUUGCAAUGGAGUUCACCAACCAGAGAAAAUAUAUCUGCUUGGCCUUAGUUCUGAUCAUAUUGGGGGCUUGGUCUUCAGAAGCCACUUCUCGCAGUCUCCAAGAUGCAUUAGCUUAUGGGAGGUUUGAGCAAUGGAUAGCUCGCAAUGGACGUGUGUAUAAUGAAAUCAAUGAGGAGGAUCGCUUCAAGAUAUUCAAGGAGAACGAGGCAUAUGUAGAAUCUUCCAACAAAGAUGGAAACAAACUUUACAAAUUGAGUCUGAACCAAUUUGCAGACCUUACAAAUGAAGAGUUCACUGCUUCAAGAAACCGAUUCUUGGGGCAUGAAUGUUCCACAAAAACCACAACUUUCAAGUAUGAAAAUGCUACUGUGCCGGCGACAAUGGACUGGAGAAAGAAGGGAGCUGUCACUCCAGUCAAGGACCAAGGCCAAUGUGGAAGUUGUUGGGCAUUCUCGGCAGUGGGAGCCAUGGAAGGGAUCACUCAACUUACAACUGGAAAACUGAUCUCUUUGUCUGAGCAAGAGCUGGUAGACUGUGACGUCAAAGGUGUCGACCAAGGUUGUUCAGGUGGCCUUAUGGACGAUGCCUUCCAGUUCGUUAUUCAAAAUCACGGUAUCAAUACAGAGGCUAAUUAUCCCUACACCGCUACUGAUGGUACAUGCAAUGCCAAGGCAGAAGCAGGCCAUGCAGCCACGAUAACCGGCCACGAAGAUGUGCCUGCAAACAGUGAAAGCGCUCUCCUUAAGGCCGUGGCUAACCAACCAAUUUCUGUUGCCAUUGAUGCUAGUGGAUAUGACUUCCAGUUAUACUCAAGUGGUGUUUUCACAGGAACAUGUGGAACAGAACUAGACCAUGGUGUUACCGCUGUUGGCUACGGCGUGAGUGCUGAUGGGACCAAAUUCUGGCUAGUAAAGAAUUCAUGGGGUGCACAGUGGGGUGAAGAAGGUUACAUAAGAAUGCAAAGAGAUGUUGCUGCACCUGAAGGCCUUUGUGGCAUUGCCAUGGAAGCCUCUUACCCCACUGCGUAAUGUACCAAUUCAAUCCAAAACCAAAGCCUACUACCAUGGUGGGAAUAUAUAUAGUUAUCACGAUAUGUAUAUGAACUUGCGUGUGUAAUACUAUGAAAACAGAUCAGUAGGAAAUCUGUAAGUUUCAUGAAGUAGAAAAACUAUAGUCUGGCCAAUAUAUGAAAUCAUCACUAUAUGAAUAGAAAUUAUA